AUGUCCAUGCUGAGUGCCUGGAUGUGCCAGGCCCCCGAAGUAACCACACGGCCUAUUCAGAGCAUGCAAGAGGCGCAGGGCCUGCCCCACCCGCCUGGCAUCGUAUACCCUGCGCUGGACGCCGCCACAGUGAUGGCGCACGCCAAGCAGGCCAGCGCCCUUGCGCACAGGGCUGCUGGCGCCGAGGAAUCGAGCGCGGGCGCAGCGCCAUCACCGCCCUCCCAGCACCCCGCCCUCGCCUUUCCCGCCCCCUCGGCCUACGAGGAGUGCCUCAACAGCAGCGCCCUGUUUGCUCUGGACCUGCCGGGGUUGCUCGAUGGGCACGGCGCCUCCUGCUCCCAGGCGGCCGGGCUGCUGAGCGCGUCCGCGGCGCCCUGCCCAGCUCACCCUUGCGGCGGGCAGCCGGCGGGGCCCGACGCCGCCACCCUGGCGGAGCUGCUGCAGCAGCUGCGGCUGUCGGGAGAGCUUGAUGAGGCGGCGGCAGGCAGCCUGCCGCCCACGCCGCAGCCCGGGGCCCACCACCACGGGGACCCCUUGGCGUGCUGCUCGUCCCUGGGAGACUACUCCAGCCCGGACUACACCCCCCGUUCCUCCAGCACCAAGGGCGCCUCUGCCUCAGCCUCUGCCUCCGCCUCUGCCUCCCACAACAACCUGGCCGCACUGUCGGCGGCCGCGGACGCGCAGCAGCUGCCACUGGACGUGGCGGCGCUGCUGCUGCAGCAGCAGCAGCAGGCGGCAGCGGCGGCGGCGGGCGGCGGCUGGGGGCUGGGGGGCGGCAACGCGGCCGCCGCGGCCGCUGCUCCCCACUCGACCCCCGCUUCCGGCGGCCUGGCUGGCCUGGGUGUGGCGGGCGCCGCUGCUUCCGACUAUGGCAGCUCCUCCUGCCAGCUGGCGCCGCCCGCCUCCCUGCUGCAUCCCUCUCUGGCGAUGCUAUACGCGGUGCAGCACGGUUGGGCAGUGCCCGGGCUGUGCCAGCCCCACGGCGGCGCCGCACCCCUGCAGGCAACCCAGCACCAGCACCAGCACCAGCACCAGCACCAGCACCAGCACCAGCAGGGGGGUGCAUGGGCGUCUGCCGCCUCGGCGCUGGCCGCUGGCGACCGGCUGCACCUUCAGGCGCUGCUGCAGCAGGUGGCGGCGGCGGCGCAGCGGCAGCUGCCGCCCUUUGCCGGCCAGGCAGCUUCCAUGUCGCACCAUGCGGCCGCUGAGGUGGAGCCGCCAGAGUGCCUGGUGGGCCUGGAGGGGCGGUACCAGCCGUACUGCCAGCAGAUCAUCAGCGAGAGGAUCAACACGCUUGCCACCAGCGCUCUGGCGGCGCUGAAGCUUCUCCAGCUCGGCGACGAGCCUCAGGCCUAUAAGCUGCUGGGCCGCCGCUACUAUUGCUCUCUCAAGGAGGUUGGCAAGGUGGUGGCCUCCGCCCAGUGCCUCAUCGUGGCGCCAGACAUUUGUGUCUCUUCCACCGCCCACAUCAACCCCGUGCGCGCCUUGCAGCGCAUCCUGCACGACGCUGCGCUGCACGGCGUGCCGGUGGUGUUUGCCCUCUCCCGCAAGGGCAUCGGCCAGGUGUUUGGGCGGGACAAGAUGAUGUCCAUCGUGGCGAUCAUGCAGCUGCAGGGGCUGGAGGCAGAGUGCCAGGAGAUGGUGGAGGAGGCUUGGAAGCCAGGCCCAGGUGUGCUGCCCCAGCCACAUCUUCCUGACAGGCUCAUGCGCGACGACAACUACCCAGCCCACACAUGGCGCUACUGUAUCAAGCACAUCACACUUCCUGAUCCCCACCACACCGAUGCGCAACUUUGUCGCGACCGUCGCCAGCGCUGGGAGGGGCCACCGCCAUGCUGCCCAUCAGACAACCCAAACCUGAAUCCCACUCAGUCUAAUCUUUCAAAGUCUCCACCGCAUCCCGCUUUGCCCCAUAAUCAAUAUCUCAACACUUGCCCUGCAUCUGCCCACCACCGCUGA